CCAGCACCUCGACGAGCUGCGGCCGCCGACCCGCCAGAACUCGCUCUACACGCCCGUGUCGCCGAGCCCGGCGAGCUCCCCGACGCGCCGCUCCCUCUCGCCCGACACGGCCGUGAUCUAGACCCGGAUCCUUCCUCGCCGGUGUCGGGCCGAACCAAAAUGGCUCAUCGGCCGAAGUGGAGGGCGAGGUCAACCCGGCUUGCGCUUCGCCGGUGGGCACCCUCCUUCCAAGGUUACCUUACCUACGCUUUUGUUUCGUUUUUUUUGUCGGUGGGCCUCCUUCGGGUCGGUUCGGACCCAUGGAAGAAGGGAAGAAGACUGGUCCGUCUUCACAUUCUCUUUUUCUGUUUUCGCUUCUCCUGGAUAUCAUAUUACGGGUCUUUGUAAUUAGCCCUUGGAACUUGUGGCAUUUGGUUUGGAGUUUUGGAGGUUUCUGUCAUGU